AUGGAAAUUACUGAAACUCUUCCAAAGUUCAUCAACUACAUCAACGAGAAAGGCCAAGUUAUGGAUCAAAUGAUAGAUUAUGAGUGGCUGCCUACAAAGUGUUCUAACUGUAAAAAGAUAGGACAUACAGCAUCCUCUUGCAAGCAAUUAGAUGGUCUGGUUUGGAGGAGAAAAGAGGUCCCAGUUGCUGAUGCCGAUAAUAACUCUAAGUCUGUUGUUUCAGGGAGUAAGAACAACAGCAAGAUAGCUGUUACAGAUCAGGUGGUUUCAGAAGAGGAAUUUCAUUCCCAGAGGGUGGAACUUCAGAAGGAGAAAGAUUGGACUACACCGAAAAAAUUAGGAACCAUGAAGAUAAAAUCCCCUGAUGUUGGACAGAUUUCAAAAAAUGCUUUUAGUGUUCUUCAAGAACAGAAACAGUUUCUUCAUGAUCCUUCUUCAUUAUUGAAUUUGAAUGGACAAUUUCAACUUAAUGAGCUGGAACGUGAUAGAGUAGAGGAGGUAAUGAAUACUAGCUUUGUUAACUGGGAGUAUUACAGUAGCAAGGCUUUGGAAGGUCUCUCUUUCUGCUUCACUGUUGUUUACGGUUUAAACCAUCUAGAUUUGAGGAAAGAUCUUUGGUCUGAGUUGGCCUCAGUCUCUCUUCCUGUCAAAUCUUGGCUAGUUCUUGGUGACUUUAACUCUGUUUUUGAUGUAGAAGAUCGAAUUGGGGGUAAGGUUAUUUCUCCUAAAGAAGUUGAGGAUGCAAGGAAGUGGCUUGAUCUUGGGAUUGUGGAAGAAAUGAAAUUGCUGGGCUCGUAUUACACUUGGUCGAAUAACCAAGAUGGUAAUAAUCACAUUUUUUCCAAAAUAGACAGAAUUUUUGUAAAUGAGGAUUGGAUUGAUAUGUUUCCAAAUGUCAAUGCAAUAGCUAGUUGGGAGUUCAUUUUGAAGAGAUUCAACUGGAGAGUGGUUGGUGAUAUAGUUAAGGAGUAUGAGGAAAGCAAGGUGUCAUUUCAGCAAGCUAAAACCAACUUAUUUUCUGAUUCGAAUAACCAAAGUCUGAGCGAUAUAGAGAGAGUAUCUCACCUGGAUUUUAAAAAGAAAGAGGCUGCCUAUGCUAGUUUUUUAUAUCAGCAGAGAGAAACUAGUGCAGCAUCUGGGCUGGUUGAUACCUCUGUAGUUCUCUCAGGUCCCAUCCUUAGUAUUGAAGAUCAAGCUUUCCUGAUCAAGCCUUUUACUUUCAAGGAAGUUCAAACAACUAUGUUCAGCAUAAUGUCAAUAAAGAGCCCGGGACCGGACGGUUUUGGGGCUGGUUUUUAUAAGAGUUUAUGGCCUAAUAUAGGGAAAGAAGUGGCUUCAGCAGUGUUGGAAUUUUUUGAUCUAGGCCACAUUCCGAAGAGGCUGAACAGUACUAUUUUAGCCCUUAUUCCCAAAGUUACUCAACCCUCAAAUGCCUCAGAAUACCGCCCAAUAGCCUGCUGUAAUACUCUUUACAAAUGCAUUUCUAAAAUGCUUUGUAACAGGUUAAUUCCUAUCCUUCCUAAGUUGGUUAAUCAAAACCAAGGUGCUUUUGUUAAGUAUAGGAGUAUUGCUCAUAAUAUUCUAAUUCUCCAAGACCUCCUCAAAGGCUAUAACAGGAAAAGAGUGUCUCCUAGGUUUAUCAAAUGGGUAAUGGUCAGCUUGAGAGGUUCUUCAUAUAGUAUUCUUAUGAAUGGUCAGCUUUACGGUGAUUUUAAGGGUGGUAAGCAGCUGCGUCAAGGUGACCCUAUUUCCUCCCUUCUAUUUGUCCUUGUUAUGGAUUAUCUCACCCGUGCUCUCCAUGGGGCUGCCAAAGAUAAACAAUUCAGAUUUCAUCCGCUCUGUAAAUCUUUAAAUAUUACUAAUCUUUGUUUCACGGAUGAUUUGUUGAUAAUGUGCAAAGCUCAUCUCAGUUCUAUUCAGAUAAUGCAGCAGGUGUUCCAGGAGUUUUCAUCAGCGUCUAGCCUGAUCAUUAAUCAAGCUAAGUCAAGCAUUUACUUUGGAGGUAUUACUUCAGCUUAG